CCAAAAGAAUAAAAAUUUACAGGACGAAGGGGCGUGGCUUAUGCUCACAUUUUCAACGUCUCUAUUCCCCGCCUCCUGCGUAAUGACACAAUAAUGGCCGCUUCUUGAGACAGACUGUCAUGCUGGAAAUCGUGCUGUUUCGUCUUUGAAUUAUUGUCAUUGGUGCCUACGUGUUACAGUUUUGCGGCCAGUCAUGCCAAGAUACGAGCUUACUUUGAUACUGAAGGCGAUGCAGAGGCCGGAGACCAUUGCUACUCUUCGGCGUACGGUGGAGACCUUGAUUGAGAGAGGCGCUGUUGUUCGAGGACUGGAGAACCUGGGCGAGAGAGCAUUGCCCUACAAAAUCUCAAGGCAUGGCAUCCGCCAUACGCGGGGCGGCUACUUCUUGCUAGAUUUUUACUCCCAGUCUGAAAUUCUACCGUCUUUCCUGGAUCAUCUGAAGCGCGACGUUGAUGUGGUGCGGCCCACAGUGUUGAGAAAAGAGACGGCGAUCACUCGCUGCUGUUUCCCAGAGCCCGAAAAACCCAAGGACGCGCUCCCACGACGGAAAUGAACGGACCUGCGAAUACUCACCUGUGACAAACUUGGAAGGCUACGCUCCAGAGUUGAACUUCUGCAAUUUUGUAAAUAUGUCUACAUAAUAAACGCCACUUUGUAUAUCUUGAA